AAACCCAGCCCCCAAAUCCUUAAACCCUUCUCGCCACUCUCCGUAAGGUUUUCUGCAGUAAACAAACCAGACGAAAAAAAUGGAGAUGGCUCAAGAAUCAUAUGAAUUGGAUGUGGGUAAUCUUAUGGCUUCAUACCCACAUCACAGCUUUGCAUCUACACCUUCUUCCAGGGAGGAGUUGGUGAAGGAGUGUCUACAGGAGGGGACCAAGUUAGUGCAAGCUAUUGCAGAUGCUCUCUUCAACUUACCUUCAACAGAAAGCCCUGAUGGUCCUCUAGUCCAGUUGCCUCAACCAACUACGAGAUUGCCUAGAGAGAAGCCUGUAAGACCUCAUUUCUAUUGGGAAGUGUUUGCCAAGAAGAAAGGUAUACAAAAACGUAAGAAAGACAAGGUGGUGUUUGAUGACCAAACUGGUUCAUGGAAGCGCAGACAUGGCUACGAUCGUGUAAAUGAUGACAAAGAUGUGCCAAUCAUUGAUGCCAAGGCAACUGAUGAGCCUGGUCAAGAUCCUUUUGCUAAGAGACAAGAAGAAAAGAAGAAAAGAGUAGAAAAACAAGAGAAAAACCGAUAUAGCAACUUGAAGGAAGCUGCAAAAGCUGGUGCCUUGCCAAGUCACAUACAGCUUGCUGCCACAGCACUGCCUAUAACAGGAUCACAAGCUGCAUCAAGGAAAAUUAGCAAGGAUGAACUCGGAAAUGUCGCUGGAAUGGCAGCAAAUGCAACAGCUAGUGGCGGAAAAUUUGACAAGAAGUUACCUGGUGAAAAGCCCCCAAAACAUGACAAGAAGUAUCGAAAGUUCCUGCCAGUUGCGGAAGGAUCAGGAAUGGGAUCCUUAGAGAGACAACAAACCGAAAAGGUCCUAAACAAAUUCAUGGCCAAGAACUCCCAUGAGAUACUCAAUGUGCAAAAGGCUGUUAACAUGUACAAUGUGAAAAAAGAUAAGAAAGGAAGAAGCCAAGGAGGGAAGUCAUCGUCAACUGAUAACAAAUUGAAGGCAAGGAAGUCACCUUACAAGAAAGCAUCAACAAAAGGGUCUUCAAAUAAAGGAAAAUCUAAGUGAAUUUCAUAUUCCAAAUUGUAGUAGUAUACAUGGUAGUCAACCCCUCUUCAUUUAUGUUUUGUUUGUUUAAUUUUGUGUUGCAAUGGAACUGUGAAAGAGAUUCUUGAAAAAGGAGACAAAUAGUAUUUUUCAUGUAUGGAGUAAAGUAAAAUACCCUUUAAUUGAUUU